GUCUCCAACCUCUAUCUCUACGACAGUGUCCUCAUGCUGGCCAACGCUUUCCACCGAAAGUUGGAAGACCGGAAAUGGCACAGCAUGGCCAGCUUGAAUUGCAUGAGAAAAUCAACCAAACCUUGGAACGGAGGCCGAUCCAUGUUGGAGACGAUCAAGAAGGGUCAUAUCAGUGGAUUGACGGGCAUUAUGGAAUUCCAAGAAGAUGGUGCCAACCCCUAUGUCCAGUUUGAGAUCCUUGGAACGAGCUACAGUGAAACAUUUGGGAAAGAUGUCCGAAGGUUGGCAACGUGGGACUCGAAGAAGGGGCUGAAUGGAAGCUUGCAAGAACGGCGUUUGGGCAGCGACCUACAAGGAUUAACACUGAAAGUGGUGACUGUCUUGGAAGAACCGUUCAUUAUGGUGGCUGAGAAUAUCCUUGGGCAACCGAAACGUUAUAAGGGCUUCUCCAUUGAUGUCCUGGAUGCUCUUUCCAAGAAUUUGGGCUUCAAGUAUGAGAUCUAUCAGUCUCCUGAUGGAAAAUAUGGACAACAGCUCCAUAACAGCUCCUGGAAUGGCAUGAUUGGCGAACUGAUUAACAAGAGAGCUGACCUAGCCAUCUCCGCCAUCACCAUCACCCCUGAACGAGAGAGCGUGGUCGACUUCAGCAAGCGCUACAUGGAUUACUCUGUAGGCAUUUUGAUCAAGAAACCGGAGGAGAAGAUCAACAUCUUCUCCCUCUUUGCCCCCUUCGACUUUGCUGUGUGGACUUGCAUAGCUGCUGCGAUCCCGGUGGUUGGGGUCCUCAUCUUCGUGCUGAACCGAAUCCAAGCAGUCAGAGCCCAGAACUCCUCUCAAUCUGGAGCCUGCACUUCCUCCACGCUUCACAGCGCCAUUUGGAUAGUGUACGGAGCCUUCGUUCAACAAGGUGGUGAGUCUACAGUCAAUUCCAUGGCGAUGCGGAUUGUAAUGGGGAGUUGGUGGCUCUUCACUCUUAUUGUAUGUUCAUCUUAUACGGCAAACCUAGCGGCAUUUCUUACUGUCAAUAGGAUGGACAAUCCAAUUCGAACAUUUCAGGAUCUUUCCAAGCAAAUGGAUGUCUCUUAUGGCACUGUCAGGGAUUCAGCCGUUUAUGAGUACUUUAAAGCGAAAGGCACCAACCCUUUAGAGCAAGACAGCACUUUUGCUGAGCUGUGGAAGACCAUCAGUAAGAACAAUGGGGCUGAUAACUGCGUAGCAAACCCUUCGGAAGGUAUCAGGAAGGAUUCUAGAACUACAAGAAGCCGGGUACUUGGAUGUCUUCAAGGAGAAAUGGUGGCCACGGAUGGGACGCUGUGACCUGAACAGCCACACCAACGCUCAGACAGAUGGGAAAGCCUUGAAGCUGCACAGCUUUGCAGGGGUCUUCUGCAUCUUAGCCAUCGGCCUACUCCUGGCCUGCCUGGUGGCCGCCCUUGAGUUGUGGUGGAGCAGCAACCGUUGUCAUCAAGAAACACCGAAAGAGAUACAACCUGGGAGGCAACAGCACCACAAACAUUCCCGCAUUGCCUCACCAUUGUGCCUCAACCUUGCCAUGGAGAGACCAUCUUUAGGGAUUCCCCGUGAGGUGAGGCUGGGUCUCAGGACCAUGGAUAAAGAAGUCAACCUAGAGCAAGUCCAUCGGCGUAUGAACAGUUUAAUUGAUGAAGACUUAGCUCACAAGCAACUGUCCCCCGCCUCCAUCGAAAUCUCAGCCUUGGAGAUCGGUGGCAUGUCAUCCAGCCAGGCCCUGGAGCCUGUCCGUGAAUAUCAGAACACACAACUUUCUGUCACCUCUUUUUUACCCGAACAGACAGGCCAUGGGGGCAGCAGGACACUCUCUGGGGCUUCUGUGAGCAACCUGCCCCUGCCACUGAGCAGCUCCGCCACAAUACCCUCAAUGCAGUGUAAACACAGAUCGCCAAACGGAGGACUAUUUCGCCAGAGCCCUGUGAAGACCCCCAUUCCCAUGUCAUUCCAGUCUGUGCCGGGCGGGAUCAUUCCAGAGGCCCUGGAACCUUCCCAUGGAACAUCCAUAUAAAGGGAGUCAUUGACCAGCAGAGAUUUUUAAUACAACAGGGGGGAAAUUUAAAAAUAAAAUAAAAAGACUCUUACAUUUUUCUUGUACAUAUCUGUAAAUAAUGAAAGAAUGAAGUGGGGUUAAAAAAAAGUGUAUUUUGAAUAUUCCCAAUUUUCAAAGUCAGUAAAAAACAAACAGACAAAAAUACAAAAAAAAGGAAAAAAAGAAAGAAAAAAAUGUA